AACGGCACAGAGGCCAAGAAGGCCAAGCGACAGCCAGGCACGCCAUUCCAACGCGUGCGACCCGAGGAAGUGGAGUUUGUGGACGAGCGAUUAAAAGACAACACGUACGUGAGCAAGGGCGGCUCGGACGAGAUGUCGUAUGGAUGGAAGGCGCACGUGGACCUGAUCAAGACGCGGGGCGAUAAGUUCAGAGCCGAGAAGAACAAGAAGAAGCGCGGAUCGUAUCGUGGUGGGCGCAUCGACAUGCAGUCGCAUUCCAUAAAAUUUGAUUAG